AUGUCAGGGUUAUUUUUCUCCGAUAAUCCAGAAAGGCCAGAAGUCUCCGAUUUUUUUUGUGGAGUUGUUGAAGGCUUUUAUGGCCGGCCCUGGACGUAUUCUCAACGUCGUGAGUUAUUCAAACGUAUGCAAUCGAUGGGUUUGAAUGCUUAUCUCUACGCUCCCAAGGAUGAAGCCAAGCACCGCCUCUCUUGGCGUCAACCUUACAAUGAAAAAGAAGCCGAAAAUAUGAAAUCGCUAAUUGCUGCAGCUAGGGAUCAUAAUAUCUGUUUCAUUUUUGCCAUAUCGCCUGGGAACGAUAUAUCUUUCUCUGAUGAGGCGGAUGCUAAAGCUCUACAAGCUCGUCUUGAACAGGUAUUUUCCUCAUCUAUUUCGAGCUACGUCCUCCAUAUCGGCUUUAUUAAGAUUUUAAAUGGUGUAUUUUCAUAUCCACCCAAUUUCAGUCGAAAGAAGCUUAUAUCCUGA